UAAGACCCGUAGACUCCUGUCAAAGAAGAAAUCCCAAGGUUGGAGAGACUUUUGUGAAUCACUUUCACCACGUACACCGCCAUCUUUAGUAUGGAAAAAAAUUCAAUCUUUCAAGAGGUCGUUGACUAAUGAUUAUGGUACCCGGUCCAAUGACACUGAUCCCUGGCUGUCACACUUCACAGACAAAUUAGCUCCCCCAUAUGUCCCACCAAAGGAUUGUCUACCCACACCUACAUCUUCAACUACUGUUCCCCCAGGGGAUGCAAUGAACGAGGAGUUUUCCUAUGCAGAACUUGCCUGUGCACUGGAUAAUCUAAAGGAUUCUUCUCCAGGCAUAGAUGGGCUCACAUAUUCUUCUGUUUCCAAGUCCUCCCAUUUUACUAAAUUAUAUUUCCUCAAUUUAAUUAAUUUUUUUUUUCUAACAGGUGUAGUACCAAGAGAUUGGAAAUCCCAAAUUAUUGUCCCAAUUUUAAAAUCUGGCAAGAACCCAAACGAAGCUCAUUCAUACAGACCAAUCGCCCUCUCCUCAGUAAUGGCUAAAAUCAUGGAACACCUCAUAAAGAAUAGACUAGAAUGGAUACUAGAAAAUAGAGGCCUUCUAUCUACCACUCAGUUCGGCUUUAGAAGAGGUCUCGGUACAACCGACAGUCUCAGUAUCCUAACAACUGACAUCCGAGCCGCUCUUUCUCGAAAUGACCAUGUAAUAGGAGUAUUCCUUGACGUUGAGUCUGCGUAUGACAAUGUUUGCCUCCCGAUACUCAAGCAGAAAUUGCUACAGCUGAGUAUUCCCGAGAGAAUAGUUAACCUUACUUGCAACCUCUUCAUGGAACGCUCUAUAAUGAUCCGCAACCAGGGCAACAACCAACCUCCCAGGUAUGUAUGGAAGGGCCUCCCUCAGGGCUCGGUCCUUAGUCCCCUCCUUUAUAACUGUUAUACCUAUGACUUGGAUAGAACAGUAAACUGUUUCUGCAACAUCCUGCAAUAUGCAGAUGACUUAGCUUUAUAUGCAAGCGCUACAACAGUUGUCGAAGCUUCCAAUAGAUUAAACACCGCCUUACACUAUUUGAAUGAAUGGUUUAAAAAUCACGGCCUCUCUAUCUCAGCUAAUAAAUCCAAUGCAAUUUUAUUCAAUGCAAAACUCUCAGGGAGGUCUCCCCCACCUCAACUAUAUAUGUAAAAAGGUAGAAUCAAGUAUCAACAUCAUGCGCGCUCUCUCUGGAGUGCGCUGGGGCUCUCACCCUUAUUCUCAAAAAAUCCUAUAUAACGCCAUCGUCCGUAGCCAUUUCGACUAUGGCUGCUUCCUUUUGGAACCAUGCCAAAAACUUGCCUUAUGUAAACUCGAUAAAUUACAAUCCAGAUGCCUACGAAUUGUUACAGGCGCCAGAAAGUCAUCCCCCAUCAAUGCACUGCAGGUGGAGUGUGCUGAGCCUCCUCUACACCUGCGUAGACAAUACCUAAGUGACAGAUACCUGUGCAAUGUUCUCCAAAUAUCUACACAUCCCCUAUUAGAAAAACUUAGAAUACUGAGUGAACUUGUCCGUAAUUCUGCAUACUGGAACCAUAAGGUCCCUCCAGCAUUAAUAAAAAGCUUAAACAAGUUAUUCAACUUACCCACUAUACACCAAACAGGAAAAAAUCCAAUCUUCGAAAUCAACUACAAAUCACUUAUUUACCAACCCAAAAUCUUGCUCAACACUGGGAUUGACGGAAACACCACAAAUGCUAACGAAAAGUUCAAUAACAUUCUAACACAAAACUGGAAUGAAUGGCUUCAUAUUUUCACUGAUGCUUCAAAAUUAUCUGAUGACAGCAAUGUUGGAUCAGCUGUGUGGAUCCCUAAAUACAAAAUUUUACUAAACUUCAAAUGCCCCCCUCAAGCCUCAGUAUACAUUGGAGAAAUCAUUGCAAUUCUUGAAGCAAUACUGUACGCAGAAUACCACAAGUUAAAUAAAUGCAUUAUAUUCACGGACUCGCUCAGCUGUUUGCAGGAUAUACAAAAACUACCAUUCCACUCCAGAUAUAAUUUUUACAUUACCUUACAAACCAAAGACGCGCUGGCGAGGUGCGCAUCCGCUGGCAUUGAGCUGAUUUUAGCCUGGAUUCCGGGCCACAGGGGUAUCAUUGGCAAUGAAACAGCUGACCUUUUCGCAAAAGAAGCAACUCAAAAUGGAAGCCUGUCUUAUUACAGAUGCUACCCCCGUGAUCUUCGUACAUUGGCAAGACCUCAGAUUUAUAAAUCAUGGGACUUUCUUUGGCAACAGUCCAGAACUGUUAAGGGUAUAUAUUACGGCAACUUACAACCUGAUAUUCCACGCAAACCCUGGUUUUUCCGCCAGCGCAACAUGAAUAAAUUCAUCACUUCUAUAAUAAUCAGGCUACGCCUGGGACACGUAAAUACACCAGUUUUCCUUGCUAAACUCCGUAUUCGGGACAACUCCUUGUGUGAGUGUGGACUAGAGGACGGCACCGUGGAACACAUAUUCUUUAGAUGUCUGAAUAUCCAGAAUCUCAACUCCACGCGAUAG